GUUUAGAAUCGAUCGGUGCUGAGGACAUUGUCGACGGCAAUCCCAGAUUGAUUUUAGGUUUGAUCUGGACCAUCAUUUUGCGGUUUCAAAUACAGGAAAUUGAAAUUGAUGUGGAUGAAGAGAAUGAAUCGUCCGAGAAGCGUUCGGCCAAGGAUGCGCUGCUGCUUUGGUGUCAGCGUAAAACGCAUGGCUACCCUGGUGUCAACAUACAAGAUUUCACAUCGUCCUGGCGUUCAGGUCUGGGCUUCAAUGCGCUCAUACAUUCACAUCGACCCGAUCUAUUCGAGUACAGCACAAUUGUCAAUUCGAAGAACUCAAAUAUUGACAAUCUAAAUCAUGCCUUCGAUAUGGCCGCGUCGGAGCUGGGUAUACCAAGUUUAUUGGAUGCCGAAGAUGUUGACUCGGCGCGUCCCGACGAAAAGUCCAUCUUGACCUACGUGGCUUCCUACUAUCACACAUUUGCUCGCAUGAAGAACGAACAAAAGAGCGGUAAACGCAUUGCCAAUAUUGUGGGACAGUUGAUGGAUGCUGACCGCAAGAAAAUCUACUACGAACGUCUCACUACAAAUUUGCUGAGUUGGAUUAGACAAAAAACGUUGGAACUGCAGCAGCGAGAUUUCCCCAACUCAUUGGAGGGCAUACAACGUGAAUUGCUGGCAUUCAAGGAAUACCGCACGAUCGAGAAACCGCCAAAAUAUAAGGAACGCAGUGAAAUCGAAGCGCUUUACUUCACCAUCAACACACUGCUGAAAGCGCUCAAUCAACCGCCCUACAAUCCACAAGAAGGUCAAUUGGUGAACGAUAUCGAGAAGGCGUGGCAACAGCUCGAAUAUGCCGAACACAAUCGGGAGGUGGCAUUACGCGAGGAGCUGUUGCGUCAAGAGAAACUCGAGCAGCUCAAUUAUAAAUUUGAGAAGAAAUCUGUGUUGCGCGAAGGUUAUCUCAAAGAGAUGAUACAAGUGCUCUCCGAUCCGCGCUACCUGCGACAAGUCGAUGCGACACUGAAGAAACACGAAGCCAUUUCGGCGGAUAUAUUGGCGCGUGUGGAGCGUUUUAACGAUUUGACAGCUAUGGCCAAUGAGUUGGAGCGUGAAAACUAUCAUGGCAAAGAGCGAGUGAAGCGACGCGAGGCUGAGGUUAUGGAGAAGUGGCGCAAACUAUUGGAAUUGCUUGAGAAUCAACGUUUGAAUUUGUCACAAAUGAGUACGCUGAUGAAUUUGUUGCGUGAAAUCGCCAGUACGACCGAAGCGAUAAAAGAGUUGCAAACACAGUUCGCAUCCGAAGAUGUCGGUCCGCAUUUGCUGGGCGUAGAAGAACUGUUGCAAGCGCAUUCAUUGCAAGAGCUGCAAGUGAACACUUAUGGUGAAACGCUGAAACGCUUCAAUCGUCAAGCGCAACCGUAUAAGACAUCCGAACAAAAGGAUGCCGCGUUACUCGUGCAGAGACUUGCGGAGCUCGAGGAGGCCUAUGCAAUUUUGCUGAAGUUGUGCGCUAAGCGUCGCGCUUACCUGGAGGAAGCGAGAAACUUUUAUCAUUUCAUGGAAGAUUACGACAACGAGGAAGGCUGGCUGGUGGACAAGCAACGCAUCUGCAAGACCGGCAUUACAGCGAAGGAUUUGCGUGCCGUACUUUCGCUACAGCAGAAACACAAAGCGCUCGAGGAUGAAAUCAAAGUGCGCAAACCGAAGUCCACACAAAUGUUGGACGCAGCCAAGAAGCUCAUUGCCGAGAAGCAUCCACGUUCGUCCGACAUUAAGAGUCGCAUCGAGUCCUUGGCCGAACACUGGAAGGCUUUGGAAGAGUUAGUGGAAUUGCGGCGACGUCAGCUGGAGGAUGCGGCCGAAGCGUAUCAAUUCUACACCGACGCCAACGAGGCUGAGUCGUGGUUAAAUGAAAAAAUGGCGCUGGUGAAGUCAAACGACUACGGUAAUGACGAACCUUCUGCACAGGCGUUGCUACAGCGACACCGCGAUCUGCAAGGCGAAUUGAAUGCUUAUUCCGGCGACAUACUUAACUUGAACCAACAGGCCGAGAAGCUUAUCAAAGCUGGCAUCUGCACACUUGAGCUCUCAGCAGCUGAGCCUGAAAUGCCCGAAAUCGAGCAGGAGGAAUGGGUUAACGAGACGCGACUCGUGCCAAAAGAAGUGUGGGAAGAUGAAUGGGUGGAGAAGUUGGAACACAAGAAAGUUACCGAAAUGAAAAUGCUGCCACAUGUGCGUUCAAUGUUCCCCUUCGAGGGUCAAGGUAUGAAAAUGGACAAGGGCGAGGUGAUGUUGCUCAAGUCGAAAACGAACGACGAUUGGUGGUGCGUGCGCAAAGAAAACGGUUUGGAAGGUUUCGUGCCGGCCAAUUAUGUGCGUGAAAUCGAACCACGUGCCGUGCCGUGCAUUGUGCCGAAGGCAGAGAAAGUCAAAACACUACAAAAAGUGAAGAAGACGAUCUUAGUGCGUCAAGUGGUGCCCGUGAAACGUAUCAAACCAGCUGCCGUGCCACCCAAACCGCUAGUGAAGCGACGCAUCUCCUCCAACAGUAUUAACGAAAAUGCCGACAGUGUGGAAAAACGCCAAAAACGCAUUAACAGCACAUACGACGAACUACAAGAUACAGCGCAAAAGCGACAUGCGCUACUCGAAGACUCAAUACAUCUCUUCGGUUUCUAUCGUGAAUGUGAUGAUUUCGAGAAAUGGAUGAAAGAGAAGGAACGCAUCAUCAACUCCGAUGAUGGCGAAGGUGUGGAGAAUGCAAAACGUAAAUUCGAAAAAUUCCUUACCGAUCUGUCAGCGGCCUCGAAGCGUAUUGAAGAGAUCGAUGGCGCUGUUGACAAUUUCCGGCGCCAAGGUCACUCACAGUUGGACAAAAUCAUUGCACGUCAGCGGCAGAUACAUCAAAUCUGGCAGCGUCUUAACAACGCGAAGGCGCAACGUGAGAAGAGUCUCGAAGGCGCCUCCAGUGUGGACUUGUUCAAUCGCACAUGUGAUGAGGCUAAGAUUUGGAUGAACGAAAAGAUGUUACAGCUGGAUACAGCGGUAAUUAGUCCUGACCUCAAAACGGUACAGGCACUGCAGCGACGUCAUCAGAAUUUGGAACGCGAAUUGGCGCCCGUCGAGGAGAAGGUGAACCGCGUCAACUAUUUGGGCAAUUCUGUCAAGAAUGCCUACCCAGCCGAGCGAAAUAAUGUGACAGCACGACAACAAGAGGUCUUGGAUAUGUGGAAGCAGGUUCAUGGCAAAGGUAGUGAACUGCGUGCGCGCAUUGAGAGCGCUGUCGGACAGCAAAUAUUCAAUAACAGUGCCAAAACCUUGCUUGCUUGGAUCGAUUCGGUUAAGGAUCAAUUGAAUGCCGACGAGUCAGCGCGUGAUGUUGAAACAGCCAACAAUCUUUUGAAAAAGCACAACGAUCUUGGCGACGAUAUUAAAGCACACGACAACGAAUUUGUCGAGGUCAUUAAUUUAGGCAAGCAACUAUCCGAUGGAAAACCGAACAUGGAAGAAACCGUUAAGAUUAUUGAGCGUCUGAGGGCAGAACAAGACGCUAUACAUCGCGGUUGGGUGGAGAAGCAGAAAUGGUUACAGCAAUGCGUUGAACUACAAAUAUUCAACCGGGAAGCAGAUAAGAUCGAUGCCACCACGAAGAGUCACGAAGCUUUCCUCGAAUAUAACAAUUUGGGUAAUUCGCUCGACGAAGUGGAAGCCAUACUGAAGCGACAUCUUGACUUUGAGAAGAGCUUAAUGGCACAGGAUAAAAUUCUUAAGGGUUUCUCCGACAAUGCCGAUAAACUAAUUGUCAACGAUCACUAUGAUAAAAAAUACAUUGACGAUAGACGCAAUCAAGUUUUGGGCAAGAGAAAGGCGGUCGAGGAUCGCGCUUUCGAACGCAAACGUUCGCUACAAGCUUCGAAGGAUUACCACAAAUUCGCCGCAGAGGCAGACGAUCUCGCCGUUUGGCUGAGUGAUAAAACCAAAAUCGCCGGCGAUGAGAGUUAUCGCGAUCUUAGCAACUUACCGCGUAAACUGCAGAAACACAAAGCUUUCGAGCGUGAACUACGCGCCAACGAGGGUCAGUUGCGUAAUGUGAAUAAGGCUGGUCAAGCCUUGAUAGCGGCGAAUAAUCGCAAACCUGCUGUGGAAAGUAGAAUGGUUGACUUGAAUCAGAAAUGGAAAGAUUUACUGCUGCUCUCCGAAGAUAAGGGACGCAAACUGGAGCAAGCAGUGUCACAGCGCGAACACAAUCGCGCUAUCGAUGAUGCCAAACAGAAGGUCGACGAAUUGGAUGCCGCACUCAAGAGUAAAGAUGUUGGUAACGAUUUGCGUAGCUGCAAGGAUUUGAUCAACAAACAUCAGCUACUCGAAUCUGAGAUAACGGUGUGGGAACAAAAGAUCGUCGAACUUGUCAGUACCGGCGAUGAAAUGGCGCAUGAGGGUCAUUUUAAUGCCGUGCACAUCAAGGACGAAACAAAGGAUAUACAAAAUCGUUUCAAAUUACUACGCGGACCAGUACAGAAGCGGCGUGAAGAACUUGAAGAAAGCUUAAACUACCACAAGUUCGUCUUUGAAUUGGAUACCGAAUUCCAAUGGAUCAAUGAUCAUAUGCCAGCAGCUAAAUCAAAGGAGUUGGGUCAAAACCUGCAUCAAGCACAGACGCUAUCGAAGAAACAUAAGAAACUCGAAGCCGAAAUUAAGGGACAUCAGCCGAUGAUCAACAAAGCUUUGCAAGCGGGACAAGCGCUCAUUGCACAAAAGCAUCCCGAAAAAGAGAAGGUGAGCGCAUUGUGCGGCAAGUUGGAAGAUGCCUGGGCCGAUUUGGAAAGUAAUUCGAAUGAUCGCAGCAAGAAACUGGAGAUGUCAUUGAAGGCGCAGCAGUACUUGUCCGACGCCGGUGAGAUUGAGUCAUGGUUGGGUGAGAGAAGCAAUGCAUUGCGCUCCACCGAGUAUGGGCGUGAUCGCGAUUCCGCAGCUAAAUUGCUGACCAAACACAAGACAAUCGAACUGGAGCUGGACACGUACUCUGGCAUUGUUACCGAAAUGGGGCAUAAUUGUGCCGCCAUGGUAGCCGCCGGACAUCCGGACAGUAAAAUUCUUGCUGCGAAACAACAACUCAUCGAGAAAAUGUUAAAAUCCCUACACAAAUUGGCAUCACAACGGCAAAUGCGUCUGAUGGAGAGUCUGUACAUGCACGAAUAUUUCUUGGAAUCGGACGAAGUGGAGCAAUGGAUAAGAGAACAAGAACAGGCAGCAUCAUCCGAAGACUACGGACAAGAUUACGAACAUCUGCAGCUGCUGCAAAAUAAGUUUGAUGACUUAAAACAUCGUGUUGAAGUGGGUUCCGAUCGUGUGAAUCAAUGCGAAGUAUUGGCGAAGAAACUUAUCGAUACCGAGAGCUCCUACGCCAACGAUGUGGAGAAACGCCAGGAACAACUGAGAGAUUCCUGGGAGAACCUGUUGCAAUUAUUAAAUCAACGCGAGCAAAAAUUGCACGCCGCCGGUGAAAUACAUCGUUUCCAUCGUGAUGUUGCCGAAGCGCUCUUCCGUAUACAGGACAAAAAUGCUGCGCUCUCCUCAGAGCUUGGCAAAGAUUUGAACUCAGCUUUGGCGCUGCUGCGUAAACAUGAAGGUUUCGAGAAUGACCUCGUCGCAUUGGAAGCACAAUUGCAGGUGUUAGUUGAAGACUCGGUACGUCUACAAGCGAAAUAUCCUUCGAACGCCGCAGCUAUCGCACAGAAACAAGAUAAAGUUGUCGCCGCUUGGAAUGACUUGAAAGAGCGUUCGGGUGCGCGCAGCGAUCGUUUAGCCGCGAGCUCGGAUUUGCAAUCCUUCCUAACCGAUGUGCGCGACAUAAUGUCAUGGUCGUCGAAUUUGCGCGCGGCGCUACAAGCUGAAGAGCAUGUUAGCGACGCUGCUGGCGCCACAGCAUUGAAGAUCCAACAUGAUGCUAUUUAUGGUGAAAUUGAGGCGCGUGAAGAUAAAUUCCGUUACUUGAAUGAAUUGAGCGAUUCAAUGGUGCAGACAGGGCAUUAUGCUGCCGCCGAAGUUGAGGAAAAAUGUUCAGCCAUGUUGGACGAACGUCAAAAAUUGCAUGCCGCUUGGAAUAAGAAAAAGAUUAUGUUGGAACAGAAAAUCGAUUUGUUCUGCUUCUUGCGCGAUGCCAAACAGAUCGAUAAUCUUUCGAGUUCACAACAAGCGGCACUCAGCAGUUCCGAUUUCGGUCAAACCGUCGAGGAUGUGCAGAACCAGAUAAAGAAACACGAUGAAUUCGAGCGACUUAUUCAGACCCAAGAAGAGAAGGUGGCCUUAUUGCAGGAACAUGGACGUAAAUUGAUAGAGCAGCGUCAUUAUGACAGCGCAAACAUCCAAACCAUCUUACAAGGUGUGUUGGCGCGUAGACAAAAGGUGAAAGAUCUCUGCGCCGUGCGUCGUUACAAACUGGAAGAUGCGCUACUGUAUGCACAGUUCGUGCGCGAUUGUGCCGAGGCUGAAUCGUGGAUAAACGAGAAGAAAAAGAAACUGGAGGCGGAUGGCGCCGGUUAUGCAGAAGUGUCCAACUUGGAUGAGAAGAUAAAGAAAUUGCAAAAACACCAAGCAUUCCAAGCCGAAGUUGCGGCCAAUCAGGGACGCAUACAAGAGAUUCAAGAAACUGGUUUAAUCCUCUUGACGAAGCAACAUGAAUCUUCGAAGGAGAUAAAACUAGCCGUAGAACGUGUAGUUGCCGCCUGGAAGAGUCUACUCGAAGAGUUAGAUAACCGCGGACGUGGUCUCGAUGAAGCACAGGACAUACUCGAGUUCAACAACCAGUUAGAUAAAAUUUCUGCUUGGAUACGCGAUAAGGAAAUGAUGAUACAAGCCAGUGACACUGGUCGCGAUCUGGAGCACUGCAAUGCGCUCACACGCAAAUUGGACGAUGUCGAUUCCGAUAUGCGCGUCGACGAUCAACGUGUCAAGCACAUCAACAACUUGGCCGACAAGCUUAUCAACCAAGGCGAAGUACCAGCCGAAACGAAGAAUAUUGACAAACGUCGUCGCGAUUUCAACAGCAAGUGGCGUGACCUACAAGGUGCACUCAGCGCUUACCGUGCGCUACUUGGCGAAGCAAAUGAAAUUCACGUCUUCAACCGCGAUGUCGACGAUACAGCCGAUCGUAUUGCCGAAAAAGCCUUGGCCAUGAGCUCUGAUGACACUGGACGUGAUUUGGCAGCCGUCGAGACGCUGAUACGUCGUGAAGAUGCAUUAGAGCGUGACAUGUCGGCGGUUAAACAAAAAAUAGGUGAACAUGAGCUUGUUGCGAAGACGCUACUCAAACGUUAUCCCGAUCGCUCGAAGGUUAUUGAGCAUAAAAUCGAUGAAUUGCGCGCAUCUUGGCAAAACCUUGAAGAUUUAUCUAUCAAACGACGCUCCAUACUCAAUGACGCCUAUCUGGUGCACAAAUUUGUAUCCGACGUCAAAGAGCUGGAGCUUUGGGUUAACGACAUGAUCAAAAAGAUGAACGCCGCUCAAGCGCCGAUGACUAUAAGUGAUUGUGAGACACAGCUGGAGUUACAUCAGGAACGCAAAGUGGAGAUCGACGGACGUGACAAGGCGUUCAAAGAUUUGAAGGCGCACGGUGAAACACUCAGCGGUAUGGAGAAACCUGCUAAUGUCAAGCAAUACUUAACGACUCUGGAGGAGCUACAUAAGACAUUGCACGAAGCGUGGAAUGAACGCGCCAGAGAUUUAACGGAGGCACAUCAGCUGCACUUGUUCAAAGCACAGGUGGAGCAAGUCGAGAUCUGGUUGGCCAACAAGGAAGCCUUCCUCAACAACGACGAUUUGGGUGAUUCAUAUCCCGCAGUAGAGCGUCUGAUCAAGAAGCACGACGCAUUUGAAAAGCUAUUGGACUCAGAUAAUGUAUCGGAAUUGCAAAACUUUGCGCAAAGCAUUUUGGAAGGUGAUCCGAAAGACGGUGAUGUGAUUAGAGAAAAGUUGAACUAUAUCUUGCGUCGUAAGGAGAAGCUCAAUGCCUUGUCACUGGAACGUAAACAAAAGUUGUUGCAGUCGCUGCAAUUACACGAAUUCCUGCGCAGUCUCUACGAAAUCGAUCGUUGGUUGGUGCAAAAGAUGCAAGUGGCUUUGGAUGAGAACUAUCGCGAACCAAACAACUUGCAGAGUAAAAUACAAAAGCACACCACAUUCGAUAGUGAGCUGUUAACGAAUACAUCACGUGUACAGGAGGUAAUUAACGAGGGUGAGCGCCUCAUCCGAGAUGAACACUUUGCCAAGGAGGAAAUUGCCCAACAACUCAAGAUGUUGGAAAGUGAUUGGAAUAAAUUGAAGGCCGCAUCCAAGGAGAAGAGAGAGAAACUUAAUCAAGCCUACGAGGCGCAAGCCUUCAAUCGCAGUCUCGACGAAUUCAAUAACUGGAUGGACGAAGUUGAGUCGCAUUUGUCGAGUGAAGAUUACGGCAAGGAUUUGGCUACCGUUAAUCAUUUGAUUAAGAAACACGAACGUCUCGAAGCCGAUGUCACACACCACAACGAGUUGGCCGAUCAAAUCAAAGAAACCGAUGAGAAAUUCUUCCAAGCCGAUCACUUCCUUAAGGACGAAAUACACGAUCGCGCUAUGACAGCCAUUAAACGUUAUCGUACUUUACACGAACCCAUAGCCAUACGCCGUGAAAAUCUUGAAGAUUCUUUGAGUCUGCAACAAUUCUUGCGUGAUGCUGAAGACGAACUGCAAUGGCUUACUGAGAAGGAGGCGAUCGCCAAUUCACAAGAUUUGGGUAGCAGUCUGAUAGCGGUUCAAGUGCUACAGAAGAAGCAUCAAGGACUUGAGGCAGAAAUACUUUCACAAGAACCACUAAUUAAGGCGUUACUACAACGGGGUCAGCAAAUGAUACGCGAUGAUCAUUUCGCUAGCGAACAGGUGCAGUACAAAUGCGACCUGCUGCAAAAGAAACUCGUCAAUCUACGCGACAUGGCCAGUAUACGCCGUUUGCGUCUAUUAGAUGCCGUGGAGAGUCAAAUGUUUUAUGUCGAAGCAAAUGAGGCGGAAGCUUGGAUACGUGAAAAGCGCCCCAUACUUGCUUCCAGCGAUUAUGGACGCGAUGAGACUUCCGUGCAGUCACAUCAGAAGAAACUCGAAGUUCUGCAACGCGAGCUAAUUGCAUUUAAGGCUUCGAUUGAGAAGGUCAGCAAGCUGGCACAUGGUUUAGUCGAACGUAAUCACUUCGAUAGCGCCAAUAUAACCACAAAGAAUGACACAGUGAAUAAACAAUACGAGGAAUUACUGCGUCUGGCUAAAGAUCGUGAAGUGCGUUUAAGCGAAAGCAAGAAGUUGUUCGAGUACAUGCGUGAGGCUGAAGAUUUGCAUGAAUGGAUUGCCGAUCAAAUGGCAGUUACGGCUUCUGAGGAUUAUGGCGAGGAUGUGGAGCAUGUGGAACAGUUGAUAUUGGUUUUUGAGUCCUUCGUCUCCAAUUUGAAUGCAAACGGUGCACGUGUACAAGCCUGUAUUGAUCACGCCGAUGAACUUAUUAAAGAAAAUAAUCCAUACCGUGCUUCGAUCAAAACCAAGCGAGAUGAGACCAAACAACUGUGGGAAGAAUUGAAGGAUCUAGUCAAUGCACGUCAAGAUGCGCUGGCCGGUGCGAAACAAGUGCAUGUCUACGAUCGGGUUGCCGAUGAAACGAUUUCACUUAUUAACGAGAAAGAGGCUUCACUUAUCUCCGAGGAUUACGGCCAAGAUUUGGAGAGCAUACAAGCUUUGAGUCGCAAACACUCCGUCUUCGAAGGAGAACUUAUCGCCAUUAAGGAACAGGUCGAUGCCGUGCUUGUCGAAGCAACGAAGUUGGGCGAAAUCUAUCCCGAUGCCAAGGAACAUAUCGAGGUCAAGCGCGACGAGACUGUUGAAGCUUGGACCGAUCUGAAGGAGAAGACAAAUGCACGCAAAGAAAAAUUACAACAAGCCGAACAUUUGCAGUCAUACUUCGAUGAAUAUCGUGAUUUGAUUGCCUGGAUCAAUGAAAUGUUGGCAAAGAUCACAGCGCCAGAUUUGGCGACGACAGUGGCGGGCGCCGAGUCGUUGUUGGCCAGCGUGAAAGAACAUCAUGCCGAAAUACAUGCACGCGAUGAGACUUUCACCAACUUCACAGCUAACGGACAGAAAUUAAUUAAUGAGAAGCAUUUCUUGGCGCAUGAGAUCGAAGAAAAGAUACAAGUGCUGCAACAACGACACGAACUUCUCAAAAAUACGCUGCAGCAACGCAAGGAAAUUUACGAACUCAAUUUGGACACACAAAUCUUCCUCAAAGACGCUGAGAUACUCGAGAACUGGAUAAUCAGUCGCGAACCAUUGCUGAAGGAUGCCAAACUGGGCGACUCCAUACCGCAGGUUGAAGAUUUGUUGCGUCGUCAUCAGGACUUCGAGAAGACAGUCGCCGCACAGGAGGAGAAAUUCCAAGCUAUCAAGCGCAUUACAUUGCUGGAGCAACGUUUCCGCAAACAAGUCGAAAGCGAGAAACUAGCCACAAAAGAGAAAGAACGCUUAGAGAAGGAACGUCUGGAGAUGUUGAAACAAAAGGAACUGCAGCGACUUAACGAUGAGCGCCGACGCGCCGAAAAGCAAUUGGAGAAUCGUCAAAAUGCCGCGGCACAAGAGAAGACACCCAUCUUCUCAUCGCCCAUGGUCACCGUGAACACCAACAAUGCGCCGCAAUCUCCAGCCGUUGCUGUCACAACACCACUGCGUUCACCCUUCGACGAGGAUCAGUACUCACUGCAGAAGAGCAGCUCCAGCAGCAUGUUCGGUGAUCGCUUACGUCGCGGCUCCGACACGAAUGUUAAACGUGCCGAAAGCAUGAAAGUGCAACAGAAGCCACCGAAACGUACACCAUCGUUCACCACACGUCGACGUGCACAAUCGUUCCGCAAGAAUCAAAAGGGCGAAGGUUUCGAUCUGCCACCAGUCGAAAUACAAGGCAUGCUGGAACGCAAGCAUGGCUUACAAUCCGGUGGCAAGAAGGCGCCCGUACGCUCGUGGAAGCAAUUCCAUACAGUGCUGUGCGGCCAACUGCUGUGCUUCUUCAAAGAUGAAAACGACUUUCUGCAACAGAAGACCGCCAAUGCGCCCGUCAACAUACUCGGCGCCAAGUGUGAACGUGCCGAAGACUACACGAAGAAGAAGUAUGUGUUCAGGCUAAAAUUGCCCGAUGGUUCUGAAUUCCUCUUCGAGGCGCCAUCAUUGGAAAUCAUGAACGACUGGGUGCGUAAGAUAUCAUUCCAUGCUAGUCUGCCACCAAAUCUACAGCUGCUGAGUUACGACGAAUCCAUGAAGCAACAGUCUAACAGUUUCCCAGACAUCAAAAUCGCCAGCGCUCAGAUCGAGUCGCCGGUCAGUUCGCGCACUUCAUCGCCCGACUCCCAACGACGUGCCAUCUCGCGCAAUGAUUCGAUUAAUAGCGGUAUGUCCACCAGUUCGGCGACGCCGCAAAUGAAUUUCCUGCAAAAACAAAUGCAACAACAACAGCUGCAACAGCAACUACAGCAAAGGACGUCACCAUCCUCACCAACGGCACCAUUUGGUUUCGAACAGAAGCCACCAAUACCACCACGCGGUGCGCCACCACCAGUACCAAACCGUCAGAGCACCGAGAAUCUGGUCGUGCUGCGAAAUCGCAACAACUCCAGUAACGAUUUAAGCGAAUCCAGCUUCGGCAGCAGCUCUUCACGUUUACAAUCCGCCACGCUACCCGCAGGCCUUUCGGGCAUACAAAACGGCUCAAAUGACGACAGCGUUGUGCUCAAGCGCAACAGUGAGGCUAGACAAUCAGAAAAUCCUCCACCUUUGCCUACAACCAUGCCACCUGUAGGAAGCGCCCAUGCUCACCAUCCGCAAGUACAACAACGCAUAAACGCCUUGAAUGCAGCCGCAAUGCAACAACCACAACAACAGCAACAACAUCAUCAACACCACCAUCACCAACAACAACAACAGCAACAGUCGGAGCUGCACCAUUCGCCGAGCAAUUAUAUGCGCAGUCAACAGCAGCUCAUGUCGCGCACGCCCGUGGCCGGCGGCCGCACGGAUGCCUCACGCAAAUUCAUUGAGGUCGAGUCUAGCGGUAUUGGCAGCUCGCCGACGGUCACCGCCGCCAAGCGCACGGUGCAUACAACAAUUUCGACCAGCUCGAAUUCAAGUGGCGGCAGCAGCAGCAACACCAACUCGAAUGUCAACAAUAAUAACAACAACGGCUGGGGCACAUCACGCUUCGAGGGCAAUCGGCCAGUUUCAUUGCAACCGGACUCCAUAAGCUUCUCGCGCGUUUCGGCGGAAAGCUCCAGCGAGAGCGAGGCGCAAUCAAUCUCCUCCGUAUCCGGCGUUAAGGGCAGCAAAAGCAAAGAGGAACGACGCAGCGGCAUGUUCCGCAUAUUCGGCCGCAAAGGUGGCGACAAGGAAAAAGAAAAGGAUAAACGUCGCUCCAACCAGGCACCAUGGAAUUAAACGAAUAAUUUCACAAAAGUAAAACAAUUGUAAAUUAUAUGCAAAAUGCAUGAAACGAACGAGCGUUACAUGAACUACACACACACUCAUAUAUACAUAUAUACAGACAACAGUAACGAGCGAAAGAAAAAUUAUGAAUAAUUAUAAAUUGGUAGCAAUUGCAUACAUACAGAUGUAUGUGCGCAUGCGCAGCUCCAACCGGCAUUAAUAUGCAAUAUACAAUAGUAAAUGGAAACUCCGUGCAAACAUACUUGUGUGUGUGUGUGUUUGUAUUUGUAUUUCAUGAUAUGGCCGAGUUAAUCAGUUUUGCCGGUGGAAGAAGAGAAAAUUUAUUUAUUUUAUAACUUUAACUUUUAUGAAAAAAUAUUAACGUUGUUAUUUUAUAUAUAUAUACAUACAUACCACUUACAUACUACAUAUAUAUAAAUAUAUUUUCUAAUUAAUAAACCCUUUUAAGUCAGCAAGUUUUCUAUUAUUCUAUUAUUAAAAGUAUGCAAAAACAAAAAUGUCAAAAAAAUGUCUAAUUUAGUUGAAAAUACAUAAGUACGUUGUCGUAUUGUACACCUGUUUCGCACUUUGGCUUUCCACAUAGCAAAAAGCGUAAUUUCCGCAAGAAAACAAAAGAAAUCUAAGAAUUCUAUGAAAAGUGUUUAGUAUAAAGUACAUUACAUUUACAUGUAUUGCUUGUAAAAGUUUAAAUAUUUCAAAUAAGCCACUUAAAUGUCGAUUAUUUAUGUUUGAGAGAAAUAUACACACAUUUGAAAACGUAUUGUAAUUUAAA